CGGGUGAAUUUAAAAUUAAAAAUGGAUGUUUAUUUCUUUAAACCUGAUGAAUAUGAACGUUUAUAUAAUUGUAGUUCCUAUAGUAUUGACCAAAUACCUUUGGAAAAACGUAGACAUGAAUGGCUUGGAAUUUUUUUCUUCACUAUUGGCACAAUUUAUGAGGUGAUAAUUAUAAGUGUUAAUUUUAUAGAGAUGUCAAGAUCUUAA